AGCUGUAAACUGUAAACCCCUCUGCCCUCUCUCUCUCUCAUAUCUCUCUCUUCUACAUAUGAUAUAUCCCUCAACAGGCGCUCACAUAUCCUUCUCAAUCUCUUCUGUAACCGAAGAAGCUAUUAUGGACUUGGAAUAGAAGAAGGAGAAGGAGAAGGUGAAGGAGAAGAAUUCGAGUUAGAGUUCGCAGUGAUCUGGAUCAUAGGAGAGAAGAGGAAAGAGGUUUAGAGUUGGGAUUCGUUUGAAGUUCGGAGGAAGAAGACAAUGACGAUGAUCAGUAACAAUACUAACAACAUCAACAGUAUGGGACAGUUCGGUGAUACGACCCUGACGAAGGUGUUCGUAGGAGGACUAGCAUGGGAGACGCAGAAGGAGACCAUGAGAGAACACUUCGAGAAGUACGGUGAGAUCUUGGAGGCCGUCAUCAUCUCCGACAAGGUUACUGGUCGGUCCAAAGGCUAUGGAUUCGUGACGUUCAAGGAAGCUGAAGCGGCGAAAAAGGCUUGCGAGGAUGCGACGCCGGUAAUCAAUGGCCGCCGUGCCAACUGCAACCUCGCCUCUCUUGGAGCUCGCCGCCCCAGAUCCAACUCUUCUUCCUCCACUCCUCAAGCCCAAGGUGCUCGUCUGGAACCACAGCCGCAGCAACAACAAGGAUCUAACGCUGGACCGAGAUCCACGUCAUCAGCCCCUGCAACUCCAGUGCAGUGGUACUACCCGGCGAGGACCCCGGCUUCCCCCUACCCACAUCACCAUCAACUUAACCAUCACGCCGUUCCUUUCUACGGGUAUUCUCCCGCCUACAUCGCCGCUGAUUUUGGUUACAAUCCGAAACUAAGCUAUACGGGUGGUUCGUACGUGAACGGGGGUCACUUCACGCCGCAGGUGUACCCGGGAGGACAAGGGAUGCUGAACGCCGCCAAUACAGUAAUGCCGGUGUACCCUUACUACCACUUCCAUCAAUCCCAGCCACUACAUGCUCACAUGUUCCCUCCAACAAGUGCGGGCCCAAUCACUACCGUCCCUACUCUCAUCUCCAAGCCUCCAGCCAUGGCUCCUAACGCAGUUUGUUUGGCUGUGGAGUAGGUACAGGGAAGCAAGGGAAAGUAUGAGAAAAGGAUGUUCAAAAUUUUUAAAUGAAAGUUAUAAAUAACAAAAACUGAAGAAAGGAGGCUGGUGAUGCUGUUGCUGAAGAAUCAAGACAACUAUAUUAUUGUUCCCUGAUAUGGGAUUCCUCUCUCUCUCUCUCUCUCUCUCUCUCUCUCUCUAUCUCUUCAUUAUUAUUUUUUUCUUUCCAUCCUAUAAGAGUCCUUGUUUAGGGUUUUGAUAUGAUUCUUUCAUUCUCUCUAACUGCUGUAUCUCACCUAAAGAUGCAACCUCCUCAAGAUAAGAAAAAUGUAACAGAAGAUCAUAUCUGUUUACCUCUAUAUUUUAUGGUAAGCAUGUACUGGUUUCGUUCAAA